AAGCCUAUCCACUUCUCACUCGCUUCUCCUUAUUACCAACGAGAACCUUCACUCACAUAAAUCUCUGUCGGUUCCUCUUUUUUUAUUGUUAUUAUUUUAAUUCAGAUAAGGGAAAAUCCACAUUUUUAUUUCCAUCAAAGUUUUUAUUUUUUCUUAAAUAAAUCGGCUCAACUACACACCGAAACCUUCGCUCGAUCUGAAUCUUCAUCAAGAUUUCAUUCUGCUGAAGGCUUUGGAACGAGAUUGUUGAUGCUUUGAUGUCACUUUUGGAUCUUUGCUAAUUAGUUAAGAACUCUAAUUGCAUCACUUUCAUGGAGGUUGAAGAAAGGAAUGUUUCUUCUGGUUAUGCUAAACCUCCAUGGAUAUUCAAAGGAAGUGCGUUGUACCAGAUUCAUCUUGUGAAGGCUUCCACUGCUCGAGCAUUCAUCCCCAAGGAGUUUCGACUUGUUGAAGCUUUUGGGUAUAAACAAGCUUCUACAGGGUACACUCUUGGAGGGUUUUUCCUGGCUAGCUACGAUGAUAGUCCCGCUGGUGUCUUCGAUGAGCUUGUCAUGAUUGCAGGGAUUGUAUGGAACCCUCCUACAUCAUGCGCAUGGGCGGCGAGGGUGCUUGUGAACAGCAACGAGGCUUGUCAUCACGGACGCAAGGUAGGUGGGUCUUACUUUGCUCUAUAUCAAUGGAAUGUUUUGGAGGAUAAUAAUACAUUUUAUUAUAAAAAUAACAUGGUGGUGUUGCAGGAAGUAGGCCUCCCAAGCCAAUUUGCAAGAUUUUCUAAAAAAAUCACUGCAGUUCCAAAGAGAAAAAGGGAAAGAGCUUUUGGGUUCUUAGACACAUUUGGGUUGGGAACUACUCUGUCUCACCCUGAGGAUUUGAUGGAGGUUAAAGUUAGUGAAGUUGAUAGUGCUGCUUCUGCAAAUAUCUGCAACAUCCAAAUUAGAUCAGACGAGUUAGAGACCAAACUAGGAAAAUGGAUGGGACCAGCAAUCAAAAUGUCGCUUCCGAGUUUUAGUGGCAAUACAAAGUUCAACCCAAACCUGCUCAAAUACUCUUGCCACAUCCACUGCAGGGUGAGGCCUGUGAGUCCUGCGGUAGUAUCAAAGCCUUUGGAAGAUGAGGCAGAUAAGAAUCACACAUCACAAGAGUCGCUUGAAAAUGAAAGGCGGUUAAGUGUAGCUGUGAUGCUAUCAAAACCAAUCAUAGCUCUUCAGUUUAAAGACUUAACAAUGCAAGUAGAAGCUCCCGUUGUAGUUCACCCUUCAGUGUAAAGCACAACCACUCAAAUUUCAAGAACAUACACUUCCUACAAGGUUUCACAUCUUUACAAAAAAAUACAAAUCUUUCCACUCUGAUACAAUAUUUGGGGGAGUUCUGAUUUCUUUUAUACCAAUAAUUGUCCAAAGGCUUUGUCUCUCUAUCAAGAAUAUACUCAAAUUCAA